UUUUUAUGAGCUUUAUUGAUCAAAUGCGAUCAUGUGACACAAACAGAAAAAUGGUGUCCUAAGUUGACGUGUAUUUACAUUUACGAAAAUGUAAAAGGCACCUGUUGGCAGGGUAACCAAACUGUCUCUUCUGGACAAAUGCAAAAACUAUGGAUGACUCGGCAGAGUCAAAGGACGAUGCUGAUAAAGAAAUUUUAGGAAAUUCUAACUCAUCCUUGGAUCUAAAGAAAGUAAAACCACCCAAUAAGAAAAAACAUGAAGAUGAGGUGGAAAGUCUACAGAACAUCAUUAAAGAGAAAGAAACUCUUCUUAGAUCUCUAACUGCAGAAAACUUCCAGAAUUUUUUGAAGGCUACCAGAGCAGAAAAACUGGCUGUGAUUGAGAAACUGAAGAAAAUUGAUACUGAUCUCAAGGCAUUCUCUCAACAGAUUACAAAGAAGAAAGGUAUACAAGACCAGUUACAGUCCAGACUACAUUACAGAAGUGACGUGAAAAUAGAUGAUGCAAUAAGACGAUUAGAAUGGCAGUUAAAGAUUCAGAACUUCAAAAUGACAGAGGAGAAGAAAAUCGUAGCAGAAAUAGACAGUCUCAAAAGAUCAAAGAAAGACCUCAGUCAGUUUUUAGCAGCAAAGAAAGAAGUGGAUGAAAUAAGAGAAAGACAGCGGAGAAUGAGAGAAGAAAGAGAUAGAUAUCAAAAGAAUGUGAACCAACUCAGGAACAAAGAAGACGAAACAAAGAAAUUAUUAGAAGAGAAAAAGAGCAAGUUAUAUGUAUUGAAGAAAGAGAUUGACAAAUUGUACACAAGAAAACGUCACAUGAUCCAUGAAUUCAAGCAGCAUGAAAAAGAAUACAAUGAGGUCAAAGACGAAAUGAAGAAACAAAAGAAACGUGACAGUUUUAAACGGAAAGAAGAAAGCAAAUCUCAUAUGGAGGCUUUCCAGAAUGAUAUUGAAGAGUACGGGUUACAGAAAGAGCCAUAUGAAGAUGAAAUCAAACUAUGUAAUACAUUGAUAAAUUACCUGCAGAAAUUCCAGGUUGCAGAGGAUGAGGUGGAAGAACCAUCUAAAAAUACAGGUGUAGUUGAUGAAUUAGACGAUGGCAAGUAUAUAUUACUGAAAAAGACAGAAGAUACCGAUUAUUCCAGUGUACGUCCAACCAGAAGACGAUCGAGUAAAAAGGGCAAGAAAUUUAGUGUUACAAAGCCUAUUACACAUGCACCACAGAUUUUCUCCCAGUUUGCCUCCUUGAUGCUAAAUGCACCUUCAACCAUUCCAGAAAUAAUUGUUUCCUUAGAACAGGUCCAAGCUAGAAAGACAUUUUAUGAAGAAGGUGGACCUAUUCCUACACAACGUAUGGUGACUCCAAGUAUUGAGGAACAUAGUGCAAGUGAGACGGGGAUAUCAGCCACUGAAUCAGCCAUGUGUGAAAUGUCUCGACAGGUUAGCAAUACUGAGAGUAAUGAUAACCCAGAGGACUCAUUCUUUGUGUUAGACGAACUUGUAAAACUGUCUGGAAACGAUGACAACUUAUCUGACAAGUCGGAAGACACACUGGCACGUAGUAAUUCUGAUUCUACAGACCGAGGUCAUUCUGAUGUCGAUAAUUCCGAACUGUCUCCCGAAAGUCGUAAAGGCUCUGAUGUUUCUGAAUGUGAAAGUACAGUUAUAUCUUCUGAGUCACUUAAGAACCAAUUGGCGAAUAGUUCGAAUCUUAAGACCAGUUCUAAUUCAGUUCCAAAAACAAGUUCAGAAUUACUUCAAAUAUCCACUGGCAGUUCUAUAGACAGCUGUUCUAACGAGGACCAGACACAAAACAUUCCAAAAAUAGAUGCAUGGACAAUUCCAAGAUCUGUUUUGAUGACAGAACCAGAAAGUCAAAAUUCUAAAUCAGGAACAAUCCAAAAUUUGUCUAAAACAGAUUCCGUACAAUUUGUAAAAAAAGACGUGGCCAAAUCUGGAAACACAAAAUUACCUUUAUUUCAUGAUGCAGAAUUUCCUACCUUAAAAAAGGACAUGUACAAAAAACCAAAUGUGAUCAAUAAUGAAUUUGAACAUUUGACAGAGUUUGACCAAAAUGCCCUAAGAGAAAUAGACUCUAACACAUUUGAUCAAACCCCCAAAAAUAAUAACACAUGUUGUAAGACCAACUCUGUUAUAGACGAUGACUCUGUCAGACAAACUGACUUCAUUGGAAAUAGAAAAUAUAAGGACACAAUAUGUAGACAGGAUGAUAGUUUUGUUGUAAUAGAUGAUAAUUCAAAUAUCCAUGACCUUGCUGAAGGCUCAAAUGGCGACCAUAAAAAUAUAUGUGAUGACUAUUGUAAUACACAGGAUAGAAAUAUUAUAUUUUCAACACAUUUGUAAUACACAAGACUGACAUAUUCUAUUUUCAACACAUUUGUAAUACACAGAUUUUCAAUACAUUUGUAAUACACAUGUUCAGGAUAGGCAUAUUUUUUUGUCAACUGAUUUGUUAUUUGUACAAUGUAGGGUUGUUUGUUUAUCCGUCUUUAAAUGGGGAUGGAAUAUCUGAAUAACAGAACCUGUUUGCUUGAAGUAAAUACACAGAGACAUACAUUAAGUUUUUGUAGCAAAAUCUUUUUUGGUGUGUGUUACACAUAUACAGUGUGCUGGUCAUAGUCUUUUCAAAAUAAAAUUUACAUAGAAUGUUUUAACAGGUAUUUUAUUUACUAAUUAGAUUAUAAUUUACAGAAAGUAGUGCUAUUAUUUUAACUGUGAUUUUCUAUAGAUUUGGAACCCUCCUUUUUAAAAUGGCUGGAUCCACCCCUGUGAAGAAAUUUUUUAUUAUGUCAAUCAAUCCACUGGAAACACUUGAAGUCCAAUUCAGUGCACCUUUCUUAAUUUGCUAAUACAACUA